AUGGCCGCUGACAUGCUCGUCGCGCGUGCGCACAUCCAGAACUACUCCGAGGCGAGCGCUGUCGAGCCGCAUUGGGGCUACGCAGAUCGCCUCGUCCCCUGCACCAGCGACCCGGGCUCCUGCUUGUACCUCGACGUUGUCUACCGCAGUCACGACAAUGGCAUGCUCUACAUGGGCAUCGUAUGGGCAACCAUCGGCGCCAUUCUGCUGGUGUGGGGCGUUGGCCGACACUUUGCGCCCUCGCAGCCAUCCGGCGUGCAAUUACCAACAGAAGCAGGAGAAGGAGUACCGCAGAGACGCAGCGCAUUCGAACGACUUCAACGGGCAGUUCCAUCAUACGCACGGCAAUACCUUCUGCCUGAUGCGGCGCGACCAAUCUUCGGACGCGUCACUCGCACCCAGGUCCUGACCCUUAUCGUCUUGACGGCGUACCUGACCGUCUUCACCUUUAUCGGCAUCGUCUACCAGCAAUGGAUCACGCCCGUAAAGAAGUAUCCCGGCGUCUACAAUACCCGUACCAGUCUCGGACCAUGGUCAGACCGCAUUGGCGUCAUCGCAUAUGCCCUUACCCCCCUCUCCGUUAUGCUCUCGACGCGCGAGUCUAUCUUGUCGCUCGUCACUGGCCUGCCAUACCAGAGCUUCAACUUCCUCCACCGCUGGCUGGGAUACGUCAUCUUCAUCCAGUCCACCCUCCACACCAUCGGCUGGCUGAUUAUCGAGCUUAAGCUCUAUCAACCCCAGCCACAAGUUAUCAAGGAGUUGGUCUCCCAAGAGUACAUCAUCUGGGGAAUAGUCGCAAUGCUUCUCUUGCUCCUCAUGGUUGUCCUCUCCACUCCCUGGGGCAUCCGACUCACUGGCUACGAAUUCUUCCGCAAGGCCCACUACGUCCUCGCCAUGGUGUACAUUGGAGCGUGCUGGGGACACUGGGAGCAACUGAAGGUCUUCCUCCUACCCGGACUCCUCGUCUGGUUCGUCGACCGCGCUAUUCGGUUCGCCAGGUCAGCACUCCUUCACUACAACUUCCUGCCCUCCGGCCAUAUGGGUUUCCGCGCCGCUUCUGCAAACGUCGCGCUCUUCAAGGACGAGGUCAACGGCGAUGUCGUGCGACUGGAUUUCGACCACCCUCAAGAUGCCUGGGCAGUCGGCCAGCACUUCUACCUCACCUUCCCCGACAGCUCCAUCUGGCAGUCCCACCCAUUUACACCAAUCAGCCGCCCGGUCUACGGCGCUGACUCCCAGCGCCACUCGUACAUUUUCCGCGCAAGGGGCGGAGAGACGAAGAAGAUUGCCGACCUGUCCAUGAAGCGCAUCGCGAACAUGUCAAGCCACCAAGAAUCGCACGAGAGCCUAAUGGCCGACGCCCGCCUCUCUGUCGUCAUGACCGGACCCUACGGCGAGCGUACCAUGCGUGGUCUUGCUGCCAACUCCAACAUCCUCUGCAUCGCUGGCGGCACCGGUAUCGCUUACGUCCUUCCCGUACUUCUCGACCUCGCUUCCAGCCCUCAGUCACCUGACCGUCACAUGACGCUCAUAUGGAGCAUACGCCGAAGGAGCGACAUCGACUGGGUCGGCCCCGAACUUGCUACCCUCAAGCGCAAGUGCCGGAAUCUACGCACCGGUAUUCACAUCUACGUCACCCGCGCCGCAGAAGAAGCCAACCUCGAUCUCACAGUCUCAGAGAAGGCCGCGCCCAACGAGUGCUCCAAGGAGAUCAAUUCCGCCUCUGACUCUUCAUCUGCCGACGCAUCCUCUGCACUGUCAGUUCACGGUGUCGCAAAGUCGGAGUUGGGCCUCAACCACAUCCAAGCAAGGCCUGACCUAGAUACUAUAGUGUCAGAGUUCGUUGCCGGCACUGUACGAGGAGGCACCGAGGUGUUUGCUUCGGGACCCGGUGGUAUGAUUAGCGAUCUUAGGCGGAUAGUCGCCAAGAACAACAAGGGUGGUGAGGUGUGGAAGGGAGACGACAGGUGGGAUGUACGGUUGACGUGUGAUGAUCGAUUAGAGUGGUAG